GGGGUGGAGGGAGCGCGCCGGUGCAAUGCCCGGAGGACGGGCUAAGCCCGCCGCCGAGUUACACAACCCGUCACGGCAGCUCGCGCUGCCAAUGCGAGUUUCCCCCCAGUCAGCCCGGCUCGGGGCAGCCCAGCCCUGGACGCUUGGCUGGAAGAGACUCGCGUGACAUGCUCCCUCGGGGCAGGGGCACCGGGGGGCGUGUGGUGACCCUGGCGGCUGGCAGAGCGCCUGGCAUGGCACUGAGCCCCUCCUCCUAGACGGGAACCCUGUGUUGUGUAAACGAGCUGAUGGAUGAAGAUGAGAAGGACAGGGCAAAGAGGGCAUCACGCAACAAAUCUGAAAAGAAAAGGCGAGACCAGUUCAAUGUCCUCAUCAAAGAGCUCUGCACGAUGCUUCAGGGUCACGGCCACCCUCUCAAGAUGGACAAGUCCACAAUAUUGCAGAGGACCAUUGACUUCUUACAGAAACAGAAAGAAAUCACAGCACAGACCGAGGCCUGUGAGAUUAGACAAGACUGGAAGCCUUCAUUUCUUAGCAAUGAGGAGUUCACUCAGUUGAUGUUAGAGGCAUUAGAUGGAUUUCUCAUUGCACUUACCACUGACGGGAUUAUUAUUUAUGUGUCUGAUAGUGUCUCCUCUCUUCUUGGACAUUUACCGUCAGAUUUGGUGGACCAAAAUAUAUUAAACUUUCUGCCUGAGCGGGAACAGAGUGAAGUGUACAAGCUCCUUUCUCCACAUGUGCUCAUGACAGAUCCUGUUGCAGCUGAUUUUCUAAACACUGAAAAGCAAAUAGAGUUUUGCUGCCAUUUAGCAAGAGGAAGCGUAGAUCCAAAUGAGCCCCUAACAUAUGAAUAUGUGAAAUUUGUAGUGGAUUUUAAAUAUUUUACUCACGUGCCUACACCAUCCUGCAAUGGCUUUGAAUCGGCUAUCGCAAGAGCAUUCAGGUCAGCCACAGAAGAGCAGAUUUGCCUUGUAGCAACUGUUCGUCUUGUUACGCCGCAGUUUUUAAAGGAGGUGUGCAACAUUGAAGAGCCAUGUGAAGAAUUCACAUCGAGACACAGUUUGGAGUGGAAGUUUUUAUUCUUGGACCACAGGGCUCCGCCUAUUAUAGGGUAUUUACCCUUUGAGGUUCUGGGAACGUCAGGUUAUGAUUAUUACCACGCUGAUGACCUGGAGCUUCUCGCUAGGUGCCAUGAACACUUGAUGCAAUUUGGAAAAGGAAAGUCCUGUUACUACAGAUUCUUGACCAAAGGCCAGCAAUGGAUAUGGUUGCAAACACACUAUUAUAUCACAUACCACCAGUGGAACUCCAAACCUGAGUUCAUUGUUUGUACACACCUUGUAGUGAGUUAUGCAGAGGUUCGAGCUGAAAGAAGGAGAGAUCUUGGCCUUGAAGAGUCAUCAAUCGAACUGGCAUCUUCUUCUUUGAAGAGUCAUAAUAGUUACAUAGACAUCAGGCAAUGUGGAAACAACCAAGAAACCAGCAGGGAAAGAGUGUCUGUAUCCUCUCCUAGCUCCCGGCGAUCUUCGCACACAGCACUCUCCGACUCAGCAUCCACCUCAUCCAUGCGGCACACGGAGGCCAGCACUCCCACCAGGCAAUCGGUGUCAAUGGGUCAGCAGGAGAAGGCGUCGCUGAGGCUGGCCUCGAGUGGGAGCGCACAGGCAACAAUAACUCCUCAGACACCCGCUGAACAUCUUACUCUGCACCAGGUGGCCCAGCCAACAAUUCCCUCACAGCAACCUGUGAUGCCAGUGUACCACUUUCCAGCCCAGUUAGGGAUGAUGCAUCAACUAAAAGAACAGCUGGAGGAGAGGACUCGCAUACUGCAAGCUGACAUCAAGACACAGCAAGAAGAACUCCAUGUUAUCAAAGAGCAGCUCCAACUAGUGCAAGAUUCCAAUCUGCAGAUGUUGAUGCAACAACCUAUGCCCAUAGUCUUUAACAAUGUACAACAACAGAGCCCAAGAAGGCCAUCUCAACCACAGCAGCCUGGAGCGACCAGGCAGACCACAGCCAAGAAGUCUCAGCAGCAAAGCCUUAUGGGAUCCAAACACUACAGUGCCCCACACUUACCAUCACCACAUCAAUUCCUCAGGGAACCUUGUGUCACUUCCUCACAGGUACAGCAGCAGCAGCACUUAAUGAGAGGCAGCCAGGCACAGCAAACAUGUCUGCCAGCGCAGACAAGCAUUUCGAUGCCCCUCUACAACAGCCCCAUGGUGUUUUCCCAAACUCAUCCCAUCACCGUGUCUGCUCAGAUGCCGACAGAAAUGAGUGAAAGGCAACAACCGUCUGACUACAGCCAAGAUAGGAGUCUAAGAAUGUUGUUAGAUCAGCCUGUCCAAGCCUUGAUGCCCAGUGCUAAUGGCAGUAAUCAGUCAUCACAAAACACUGCUGGCAGACAGCAAGCAAAAUUUGUUCCAGAACAACAGAUGCUGCCUCCCUCAUUACAGAUGCAGCCAAUUACAUGUAGCACAGUCAGGGCUCCUGCCCCUUCUCCUGUAUUUACUCCUUCAGUCAUGAUUCCACAGGCCAACUUCACUUCCCACCAGACGCAACUUCCAGUUCAUCUCCACCAAUGGCCACCCCAACAGCAGGUUCAGCAGCAGCAUCUCUACCUGCAGAUGCAAGCCCCUGAGUCGGUCCAGGGGAGUCAAAAUCAGCGUAUUUUCCAGCCGUCUCAUAUACCGCAGCAGAAUACCAUGGGCUACUUCCUCCAUCCACAGCAACAAAGCCACCAUCCGCAGGGUCAGUCCUGCAACUUACAGGACCUGCCUGAAAUGCAGCUGCCGUGAAAGCCAGGUCAUGACGAGAAGGUGACGAGUCGCAGCUGCUGUGCUGAGCAGGAGUCGGGGGGAGGACGGGAAAUUCGAGAGAGAAGGCCCUCCUCAUGUGCCGGGGGGUGAGGUUUAGCUCAGAGAGAAACAUGGCAGCGUGGAGGAAGGUCCCAGCAGGAGAGCACGAUCGCCCUAUGGGUACCUUGUUGAUUACCAUUUUUAUGUAUUCAGUCCUUGAUGCUGCACAGCGACAGUAUCAAAGCAAAGUCUGGAUUCAUUAAGCAACAGGACUGUUUGACUAAACACAGUUUAACUGUGAGCAGCUAGAACAUCCUGUCAAGAACAGCUAUUAAGUGCUAAAAGAACCUGGAGGCUGAAAUCAGGAUAGUCGGAAUUGGUUGUGGAGUCUUGCCUGCUAAAGCUAGUCUGCAAAGGCGGUGACAGACUUGCUGAUCAAAAAUGGUUGACUUAGGCAGAAAAAUGAUCGCUGAAGAAUACAGUCAUGUGGCUGUUAUUGGUCACUAAGCCAUACGGCCUUACACAUUACAGCAUUGCAAUUCCUUUGGACUGCAAUCUGGAUUUCUAGCUGCAGGCAUGCUAUUAAUCAGAUCAGUGCAAAGAUCGCUUUGCAACUGAGAAAAUAUUUUCAAUUCAGGCCAUCGAUGCUUCUUUUAAAUGUUGCUGAAAUUCACUGUGAAUUUAAGACCAGUGUUUGGAGCACGGAAACCUGUAAGAAUCAGCAGGGUCCCAUUUAAUUAGCGUCUACAUCAUUCGCUUUGUUGUAGUAGGUUCAUUGUGGAUUUUGGUUUCCUUUUUCCCUAUCCCUCAAUCCCAUAAUUUGUUUUUUUCCAGAUGAUUGGUUAAUGCUGCUAAUUCCUGUACCCACCACUCUUGCCUAAAUUUCUUACUGUUGUUUUACCAACUCACGUCGCCAUCAAUAAGCUACGGGUGCAGAUGAAUUUCUGUGAUUUUAGUCCCUGGAGCCAAGUAUUUUUCAGGGUGUACAGGCAAGGAGUCCUUACAUUCUCCAAUGGACCUUGCGGUACAUGUUUCUUUACACCUGAAACUCAGAUGAAGGCAACUUUGUGGUUUUGCUAGUUCAUGUUUCAAUUUGGCAAAGCUGAAAUUUAUACUAAGUGAUAUUCCAAGCCCAUAGGGUUAGCAAUAAAUUGUAUUUUUGUAAAUUGUCACUUUUUAACUAUGUGUUUAUAUUUAUGAACUGACAAACUGUCUAUUCCUCAGUGGGUGAAUAGUAAAGUGUCCCUACUGUUUGUGUCUUUCCAAAGGAAAAUGAAUAUUUAAUCUUUAGGGGUUUUUUUGUUUUUGUUUUUGUUUUGGAAAUUGAGUGUUAGAUUUGGGUAAUGCUUGAUCCCAAACGCUGAAGACAAUUUAAUACCAGCUUUUCUGAGACAAUGCUUGGGUACUUCCUUAAAGGAAAAAAGUGAUGGCAAAGUCAUAACAUUGCGGCUGGCACUCAAAAUAGAGUUCAAGGGAAGUUUGUCUAACCUCGAUCUAACCUAAUCAAUCUGCUCUUUGUAGGCCCUUUUGGGACCCCUCUGUCACCAUAAUCAUGGGGUACCAGCCUCUAGUAGUUGAGAUGAAACAGAUGAGGCUGAAAGCGUGGUGAGGUCAGGCUGGAUCAGUGGAGCUGUGCUCAGCACUGCUUGGAAAAGGUGACUGUAAGUCACCAUGGGUCUGCUAAACGUCUCACCCCUGUAAAGCUGGGCUCAUGCGGGAAUGCUUUAUUUUAAGCCAGCUCCUAAAGGCUGUUCAGGCACCAUGGACUCACUGGGCGUAGGGCUACACAUUUCCCCCUCCCCUUCCCCAAGCCGCAGCCCUGGGCCGCAGUGGGAUUUCACGAGGCACAGGGGCAUCCUCAGUGAGCCAGCUCUGCUGGUUCUCAGCCACUUUGCCCCAGUGGCUGCUGCGGUCCAGCCACAAGUCAGCGUUAUGAUGUUUCUUUGGACACUUUAAAGGUGCAUGUUUGUUUCCAAGCCCGCCUGCGUGUGUUUGGUGCCCACCCACACUCUGCUAUUGGGCGCCGGCUUGCAAAACUGUGACCAUGGACUCUGAGCAGAGAAGGGGCUGAGUAUGCUUUAAGCGGCCUUAAGUGCCUGACUUUGCCUAGCAGGGUUGUGGAGCAACUGGCAGGCUCAGGCUCACCACGGCUGCAGUCUGAGUGCCCUGCUGCUGGAGGCAAUACUCAUAGUACAUUUGUUUGCACCUUGCGUGGGGCAUUGAGAACCAUGUUAAUUAGAUGUAAACUUUUUAGCAUGAAAACUCAAGUCACCAAAGAGGAGAGCAGCACAUACUGUUCCAUCAGGCCAUUCCCCGGCUCUGCACAGCCAUGCUGCUGGCAUCAGAAGAGACGGGAGUUAUCUACUUUCAUAGCCUAGUUGUAGCACAACUAUGCCAGGGUGGCGUAAAUAGAAAAGAAAGGAGCUUAACAAUGAGUGGUUGAGGAGGCAGAGGUUACCCUUCCCCCCCCCCCUCACUGCAUUGUACGACCUGGGGCAAAUGCAUAGGCUGGAAUUGUCAAAUGUGCUGGCUGGUUCAGUUAGUGUAGCUCAAGGCAGCCAGGGGGUGAAGGCAGGAGUUGCAAGUUGGGUACCAAAGGCCAACAUCACUGAGCUCCUGUUCCGAGUGUGUUUACCCAUCUCAGCAGUCAGAGAUAUGUGAAUGAGAUUUUUCCCCAACAAUUCCUUGUGACUAAUGUCAGGGACCUUGGCUGGAACAAUGAUGUGCAAUAGUGACCGACUUUCCAAUGACGUCCUCAAACUUCUACUGAGUAAAGUGUUGUUUGUCGCGGUCUUUUACCUACAAGUACAAGAGGCAAAAAUUGUGCCUGUGGCUGCAUGUGAGUGAUCCAAGCCAUGGUGAUAGGCCAAAAAGUGGCCCCACAACAGGACGUGCCGCCUCGGGAGCCAUUGGCUGACCCACAGAGGCACUCCAUGUAGGUGAGUUGAGACACUCGCACUCAGCAGAAAGGUCCAAAGCAGGGGGUGGGCAAAGCUAUGACCCAUGGGAUUGCCCCUCACCCCCAGUGGUGCCGCAGGCCCCGUGCCGCUUUCAGAAGCGGCCAGCACCAUGUCCAUGCGUUGCCCUUGCCUCCAGGCAUCUUCUCCCACAGCUCCUGUUGUGCGGGAACGGGGAACUGUGGCCAAUGGGAGCUUUGGGAGGAGGUACCUAGAGCGGCGCACAGCCAGGGCAGGCAGGCCCCCCCACACAACUCCCUGCCCUAAGCCCCCUGCUGCACCCCUGUGCAUCUGACCCCCUGCCACACCCCUCCUCUGCCCUAAGCCUGUUCCUGCACACUGCCCCCCUGCCCUCACCCACUGCCCCAGCCCUGCAUACAAUUUUCCCACCCAGCUGUGGCCCUCGGCCGAAAACAUUUGCCCACCUGUGAUCUAUAACUAAAACAUGCACUGAAGUUAGGGUGUGUUUUGCUUGAGUCCUGCUUAGGGCCCAUAGGAGCCUGCUAUGUGAAUUCCUGCCUUGUGGCCAUUCCAGUAGCGUGUCAAUGUGGCUGAAAGCGACUUGCUCUUAGUGUUAGUGCUUUGGGGCCUAUGAGCCCUUGCUGCUGGCUGGGUGUGUUCGCAAUCACAUGAGCAGGGCUCCGUGUCUGUCACAGAUUCCCUGACGCUUGGGACAUCUGCGGGAGCCUGUGUGGCUGACUCGAGGGCCUGCUGCUCCAAUGGCGCCUGCCCCCCCAAAACAGCCACACCAGUCACUGCAGCGAUUCCCUGGUGCAGCUAUGGUCCACUGGCCACAAACACCACCUCAGCAGCAGUGCCAGUGGCCCGUCCCUGCCCCGCAAUUACAAAGCUAAGGCAUGGACAGGUCGCGGGCCAUGAAGUUUUGUUUAUUGCUCAUACCCUGUCCAUGACUUUUACUAAAAAUACCCAGGACUAAAUCGUAGCCUUGGGAUGUGUCUUUGGAAGUCCACGGUAGACGUUUGUGCUUUCAAAUCCUGACAGAUUAAAAUGGGCUGGGGGAGGAAGGAGCCAUUGACACGCAGGGUCUGGCUCCACUGAGGCUGGAGGUGUUCUACCCAGCUUGAUGUGAGGUGCACAGUGGCAGACUAGCCGCUGGACCAACGGCACGUGUGCCUAGAGGCCCCAGCCAAUUAAGAGGGGUCCUUGAAAAAUGGGCACCUCCACACACACACAGACCACUACCUGCUCCACCACCCUGCCUGUUGGGAGAAGCUCCCACAUCAAGUGUGAAAAAGCGGGCUGGGCAAUAGGUGCCUGUAGCAGACAAAGCCUCAAAUAUCAGGACAGUCCCUAUAAAAUCGGGUCACCCUAUGCCCCCAGUGGCCCAGGGCCCCACAAACCCCCCCACCCAGGCUGCUCGGUACCUGCCACUAGUUUUGUUAAAAUGCUAAGGUAGCCUUGGCUGACUUUGAGCUACAGUGCUGCACUGGUGCCAAGAUGUGGACAAAAAAAGUGUUACAGGAAACUGGCCAGUUAGUUAUUAUACAGAUUAAUUACGUUCAGAAAAAGAACUAGAGGAUAGGUCCAUCAAUGGCUAUUAGCCAGGAUGGGCAGGGAGGGUGUCCCUAGCCUCUGUUUGCCAGAAGCUGGGAAUGGCUCACUUGGUGAUUACCUCUUCUGUUCAUCCCUCUGGGGCAUCUGGCAUUGGCCCCUGUCGGAAGACAGGAUAUGGGGCUAGAUGACCCAGUGUGGCCAUUUUUAUGUUCUUAAUGCUUGUGGGCUUUCACACACUCUCCCUUGCUAAAAUUAAGGUGGUGGCAACACAGAUGACCCCCCCCCCCCCCGUGCCUAUAGCCUUGUAGCUGAAAUCAUCACUGUAAAUGCCCUACCAGCCACAGCUCUUUUGGGGGGUUUUUUUUAGCCCGUGUCAGCCAGGCUUUUGACUGAAGCUGGUGGUGGUGGACAGGGGCGGGUGCUAGCACGUGCUGCAGCCAGUGUGAAAGCACAGUGUGCCUAGAGGACUGGGCUGGCUUGCUCCAAGUAGCAGCCACACAGUGCUCCAUCAGUGACAGCCCCACUGAAAGUGAGCAACCCUUUCUACAGCUGUUUGUCCUUUUAUUAGGUUGGCCCCCAAAGCCCUUCGUUUAACUGGAGCCGGCAGGGAAGAACGAUGGGAGUCGGGCUUGUGCAAUGUAAAAAAAAUCAUCCUCACGCUUUGUGCAGCUGGGCUGCGGUCUCUGUGAACCAAUCUCACUUCCGCUGCAGGCAGUGGGGGGGUUCUCUGCUUUACUCUGCCAGAGACCCACAGCCGGCUCCGCCCGUCAGGCACCUUGUAGCACCGAGAAAGCCCGUGUUUUAUAGAGAUCUCUGAGGCUGAGUCAAUGCAGUUGCCUUUGCUUAUGCAACACAGCUGUGGCCAAUUGUCCAGCGGAGACUUACAUGGCUACUAUGUGCAAUAUGGGCAUCCUCGGCCAGCUCGUUGCAGUUGUGAAUGGCUGGAAGCUGUGACAAUAUGGCCUUGAGGAUGGCCGCUAUAUGUGGCUGCGGAGAUUGGGGUGGGGAAAAGAAAGAGGCUAAACGGUGGCCCUAGAAUGCAGGAUUUGGGACCCUUUUUUGGAUUGGCCUUUCAAAAAACAUGCACUUUAUUAAGAGAAAAAAAACCCACCCUUCCUUUCCACUGUCUAUCACCCCUGUUAGUGCAAUUUGGCUAAAAGAGUCACUGAUAUAUGUUGACAAGCCCUGGCUCACGCUGGCCAAGUCACUCUGACUCGUGAGGAAACAGCUUUCAUGAAUGCACAUUCUUUCUUGCUGCCUUCAAGCUGCUCCCGGUUUUCAGACAAUCAUGAGCACGCCAAACUGCUGAGGUCCUUACUCAGGUUUUACUCAGUUUCUGUUCAGUCCUUACUCAGGCAAUCUCCUGUCAAUGCAACAGGAGCCCAACCUGUGUAAAUACUGAAUCCAGACCUCAGCUAUUGGCCCCAAGUUCUCUCAAAUAAAGCGAUCCGCUUCAGGUUACCAUUGAUUUAUUUACCUCUGUGUUAGCUAUGACCUGUGUUUUUGUGACCUGUUUGGAAUUGCCCAUUGUCAACUGGUUUCAGUAAGUAGGUGGGCUUGUCCACUUACAAGGGGAUGCACAUUCUACCAGUAGUAGACUCUGGGCUUAUUACCGUCCUUUGGACUGUAGGUAUGCAAGAGUGUACCUAAAGGUUGGUGCCAGCUCAGAGCAAGACCUCUUAAGUCAUAAACAUUGUCCGGCAUUCUAGUACACCCAUAUAUACACAUUUGGCCACACAAUUCCAGACCUCUGAAAACACAGGCAGCUUUAAUUCAAGUCUUGCACUUUUAGCAUAUUUGUACAUUAAAGCCUGGUGGUUAUAACCAGGCUGGUUUGACAAACAUAGUGAAACAUUCUUGUACAUAUUGUACUAUAUCCCCUGUAAAAACUUAGACUUGAGUAUGAAUAUUAGUUUAUUUUAUAUGAUGUCAAAUAUAGAUAAAUUUAUAAAUGUUAAAGUAUUUUGUAAUGGAAAAAAGGAAGUGUCUUAUGAAGACAGUUAGAUUUUAUUGUCGGCUUGCAUUACGCGUUUCUGCGCAGCUCCAUUGGAUAGGAGCCAUCGUAUCUCAACAAGCUUUAACGGAUUGUACAUAGUAUUUUGGAAGAAAAUAAAAGUAUACUUUUAAGACC